UAUAAACCCACCAAUUUUCAAACAAACAUCCGGUAUAUUUUUUGUAGAAGUUGUUAUACACUGAUUGACUUGAAAUUUGUGAUUCAGUGUGGAUGAACAUUUACAAUGGAGGCUGAUGAGAGGGAUUUGAGGAAAAAGAGGAGACGUUCCGUUAGAAAUCUUCGCCGUACGUCUGGCAUACUGCCUUUAAACCUAAAUGCAUUGGAUGAAAGAACUGAGGAUGGUUCAACAAAAGAAUCCCAGGCUGAGGAAGCGCAGCAGGAAAUGUUUGGUAGCAUGUGGUGUGAGAGCCUGGAACCAGUGAAGAAACGCAGACGGAGAUCUACGCUGUUUGUUGGUUUGGUUCCUAAAGCAACGGAUCCAGAUACAGACAAGGAGGAUGAAAACCUCGAUAGAAAUAACCACAAUAUAUACCUCACAGAAAUACAAGAAGACGAGAAUGUGCAGAACGACACAGAAUCUGUAACAGAAAGAAACAAUGGUACAGAAGGUAUAUGUACAUUAAAUGAAAAUGUGAAUGACAAGGAAUCUGUCACAGAAAGAAAAAUUGAUAGAGAAGAUAUAGAUACAUUGAAUGAAAAUGAAAUGGCAGGGCAAACAUAUACUGGGCAACCAGGAAAAAGAACAGACUCUUAUCAGAAAAAGAUGAUGAAUGUACUUGAACAAGUGGAAGAAACUGACUGUAUUAAAGUUAUUGAAAAGGAAGAAAUUAGAGAGGGUAAAAUUCGAAAUAUAGAUAGUAAUGACUUGAACUAUGCAAUAGAUAAACAUGAAGAAGAAAGCAAUAUUGGAAGAACAUCUCCAAGUAGAUCAGACUUAAGUAACCAAUCUCCACAAGAUUUUAAUUUAUCAAACGUAUCACCAUCAUCUAUGUCACCAGAUUUUCCAAUUUCUCCAAGCACAUCUCUAUAUCAAGAGGCCCAUGAAGAGAGUUACAUUGGAGUGAACAAAAAUGAUACAGAAACCAUUUGUGACAUGGAAACAAGGACACAAAAUACUGUGAAUGAAAAUGACUUUUCACAAACUAGUUCUUUUAGAGAAUCUAUUCAGAAAUCACCAGGAGUGGACCAGGUGUUUGAUUUGUCCCACUCUGAUAAAGAGAACAGCCUGGUAAAUGACAGUGCAGGUUUGAAUAUAACUCCUCUAGUAAAAGAUGAUUCUGCUGAAAAAGUGUCUCCAGGAUUCCUAUCUAUGUGUAAAGCUUUUGCAGGAAAAGUUGUGAAUUUUGUUAAAACCAGUCCAUCUUAUUUAACUGGUGGUAUGCUUGAUAGCAGUCAUACAGCAAAUAUUUGUGCCUCUCCUGUAUUAAAAGGGAACUCCAGUUUGAAUCUAGGGUCAAGUGAAUUGUCAAAGUUUGGUGCACAGUCUGAUAUUAAUAAAUCUCUGGAAAAGCUGGGAGCUGAAAUCAAUAAAGAAAGCUCAUGUUUUAUAAGUGGUGAAAAUAAUACAGAUCUUGUAGAUCAUGUAGAUUCCAGUAGCGUUGGAUGUGAAAAAAGACUUGAUGAGUCUGAUAAAACAGUUGAACAAUCCUUAAGCAAGAACAAGUCAUUAAAUCAAGUUGUUUUUGGAUCAGCAAAAAAGCAGAGAGACAGAAAAAUGUUUUUUGAUACUUUCAAUGCUGUAAGUGAUGAAUUGAAGAAAGUCAGGAGAAAAAGUUCUUGUUCAGAAGAGACUAAAGAAAUGAUGGUUGAUAAAACAGGUACAGACCCACCUGUUUUAGGAAUAAUUGCUGAAGAACAUGCAGAGGCACCAAAAGAACAUGUAAGCAAAGUUGGAGCUGAGUCCAGUGCAAACAUAAUUCUGAAUGAAGUAUCUGUAAAAUGUUUAUUGCCAAACAAUAUAAUUGAAGGAGAAAUCACAAAUGACAAAAUGAAUACCGAUGAUGAACCAAAUAAAGAUGACACAUUCUCUACAUGCACCAAGAUUAUUUCUCAGAAUGAAAUCGGUGCUAGAGCUUCACCAAUGGUUAUUCAAAAACAUAAAGUUUUUGACAAUGAACCUCUUGGAAGUAAAUCAGAAGAAUCAGUAACUGAAUAUGCAUUUACUGAGGAAAGUUUAGAUAAAGGUUAUGAAGAAGCUGUUGGACCUGUGGUAGAUGAAAAUGUUUUAGACAAUGAAUUAGCAAGUAAUGGUGGUGCUGUUGAAAUGGAAUUAGACUAUAAAGUCACAAACGGUUUUGCUGUUAGUGAAGAUAGAGCCAGUAGAACAAGUAGUAAGGCUGAAUAUCAGAAUGGAAAAGGUAGAGCUAUAGAAUCAAGGGUAGGGAAUACUAGUGAAAACUUACAACAUGCUGCAUCUAAUGCAUUGCAAGUAAAUGAAAACAGUCAGUUGAAGGAAAUCCAGAAAAGACGGAAAAGAAGAGCUUUAGAUAUUUCUAAGUUUGAUGAUAAUGAAAUUGCCAGUUCAACAGAAAAUGAAAAAGAUCAGGCUAUUGAUUAUUGCGAAGAACUGUGUGAAAAGAAACAAAAGCUUACUUUAGAUACAAUCGAUGACGAAAUAAUUGAGAAACCACCAGAGAAACACACAAAGACAAAGAUAGAUCAUCAUAGGCCAGAGGCAUUUGAAAAAACUAGUACUCCGUGCUUGUUAAAUGGUCAGAUACAUUCUGAUAUCAAACAGAUCCAUGAAGUGACAGAACUUAGGAAGAAAACAGGAAAUGGAAAUGUGUCAAAUAUGAGAAAAAAUAGAAGAAAAUCAUUUGGUUUUCAAACUGUAUGUGAAACUAUUGAAGAAAAUUCAAAUGAUGUUGUGAAAAGUGUGACUGAAGACUUUGUAAGAGAAGUUGAUGAGGUUGAUGGCAUAAAUGAGACUGAUAAUGUAGAAUCUCACAUAGAGAAAAGGGUUGCUGCACUUGAUCUUGGAAAUGAGAAUAUACAAGAUGUAAACGAUAAUACUAAACUCAUAGAAAAGGAUAAGCUGGUAGCAGAUUCAGAACACUCGGAUGAAAGUAUGUCACAGAUCGAAAAUAGAAAGAUCACUUUGGACAGUAAUGUAGAGAAAAAGAAAAGAGGAAGACCUAGGAGAAAAUCUGCUAACUUUAAUGAAAUUUUAAAGAGAGGAAGAGGAAGACCUAGAAAAGAAAUUUGUGAACAGGUACUGGAAGAAGCAGAGGAACCCUUGUUGAAUCCAGACAGAAAGGAACCAAAUAAUAUAUCUGAACUUACAAAUGAAAUAUCUCAGGUUCAGAUAAAUGACAGUGACAAACAGGUGGCUCCAGUAAAAUCUGAUAUCUCUGUUGAAAAUUUAAUUUUACCAGGAGAUGAAUUAAUUACCCCAGAAAAGAAAUCUGAAACAAAACGAAGAAGGCGUAGAUCAGCUGAAGCAGCAACUUUGAGGUUGCAAAUGAUAAAUGAAGGCGAGAGUCCAUCAACUGCUGAUACUGUUGAAACUAACCAAGGUAAAAGGGGGAAAAGAAAAUCUGCUGAUGCUGCAACAUUAAAGAUUCAGCAAAUGGAUCUGAGUGAAGAAUGUGCUAGUCCAAUAGGAGAGAAUAUUCACAAUGGAGAAGCAACAACAAAUGUCAAACGUGGCAGAAAACGUAAACACAAAGAAGACACAUUUGAUGAAUUAGAAAAAAUUUACAGAAAUAAGAAUUUUGUGAAACCUGAAGAGAAGAAGCCAUGGCAAACUGUAUUGGAGAGUCCACAAAAUUCAUCUGACAUAUUUGGGAAGAAAAGGUUACAAAGACAUAUAGAUUUUGAGAGACCGUCACAAGUGAAGUUACGUAGGAGAUUACAAAGAGCGGUUAAGAACGGUUGGGAUCCAAAGAAAAGGAAAAGAAAUGAAUUGGAGGAUGAUUUUGUGCAUGUGAAGUUGAUAAAUCUUUGGUCAGAACUAGAUGAAAAGGCAGAGGAAUCUGACUCACAGUCACUACAGAAUAAACUGAAAAGUAUUGUAGAAACAACUUAGCUUGAAAUAGUUCAUUGUAUAUCUGUCUGUUUAAAAUAACAACACUUUUUGAAGAACUUUAUUCUGUGAACUGAAUUUAGUUUUUUAUAGUAUUAAGUUGUUAUGACAGGAUGCGGUAAUCAUACAUAUUUGCAUGUAACUCAAUCACGUACUGUAAAAUCAUUUAAUUUCGUGGGCUUGAAAUUUUGUGGUUUUAGUCAAAACGGCAAUUCCAUGGGGAUAUAAAUUCGUGGAUUUCAACUUUUGAACAUAAAAUGAAUGGGAAUUUUACUUGUAUGUUGGGAUUAAAUUUCCUGGAUUGACUCAACCACAAAAUCCACGAAAAUUAGUCCCCCAUGAAUAUAAAUGAUUUCACAGUAGUAGAUCCCAGACCAUACAAUUUUAUAGAUAAUGCAAACUUCACACAGCUGGUAAUUUUUACAGUAGGGAACUUUUCAAUGUAGCAUACGGUGUAACUAACACUGUUUGAACUGUCUUUAGUCAGUUUUCAGUCACUCUUAAAGUUACCUUCCAUGAAAUUACAAGCAUUUAUAUCUUUUAAAUACGGUUUCAUGCAAAUAAAUUUAAAUUCUGUUUUGUUACAGUGUACUCGUGUAUUUUUCAUGGAGUACCGAAACCACUUUUUAGAACGUGAAAUUGAAAGUUUAGCAGUUUUGUGGUUUUCCCAAACAUCAAAAAAUGCACGGAUGUAAGCAGUCAUCAGUGGCGACUGCAAGCAGAAAUUCCAGGAUUUUGGUAUAAUAUAACCGUUACUUGUAUGUUUUGGUUUACAAAUUAAUGUAUUUUUCCACAGAAUAGUCAAUUGUUUGGUCUUGGUUUCUUAUGCUAUUGUUCAAUGAUUUUCAGUUGAGGUUUGGCCCUUGAUUCAUCAAAUUUUAUGUUUAGGCCACUUUUCUUAUAUUUUUUUGGGUGGAUUUCCACCAAACUUUGCAGGAGUGAAGUUCUAUUAGGCAUUUUUAAUAGGCAUGUUCUGGUUUAUCAGUUUUCAUUUUAUGAUAUUUUUGCAACAUCUCUUACACCAUUGGGCUGAUUUCCACCAAACCUUACAGGAGUGAUCAGUGCUUAGCCUAGUUACACAUAUCAGCAUGUUUUGUGGCAUUGAUUUUCAGCAGAGUUAUGGCCCUUGAUUUGUCCUAUUUUGUCCUAUUUUACAGUGUUUACACUACUUGCUGUAUACAGUUACCCUGAAUUUCUCCAAACCUCACAAGUGAUUUGUUUGAGGCGUAGUUGUACACAUUAUUGUCAUGUUUUGAUUAAAUUAUUUUCAGCAGUCUAGUUUUAAUCACAAAUUUCUUCACUAACAUCAGUGUUAAGGAAAAGUUAGCUAGUUGGAACAUCAUUAUUUAGUUGGAAAAGUUCUCAUAUGUUACUGUAAAAUCGUUAAAUUUUGUGGGCUUGAAGUUUCAUGGUUUUAGUUCAAAACGGCAAUUUCAUGGGGAUAUAUACUCGUGGAUUUCAAGUUUUGAACAUAAAAUGAAUGGGAAUUUUUACUUGUUCGUAGGGAUUAAAUUUCAUGGAUUGACUCAACCACGAAAUCCACGAAAAUUAGUCCGCCACGAAUAUUAUUGAUUUCACAGUAUCUGAUUGCAAUUUUCCUAAAGCGGAUGCCCAGUUGCUGAGAAGUACGUUACUGCAUUCAGAGCAUAGACACUGCCUAAAUAUGAACCAUUUAUAAUUUAUGACAAUUGACCAUUUCUUAACAAAAAUCCUUUGUGGCCACUUGGAUUUCAUAAUCAUUGCUAUUUUAUCAACAAAAUCAGACUUUUGAAUUUGCAUUCAGUAAUACUCAUGGAAAUGUUUAUGAGGGCAUUAAAUGUUUCAUGCAUAUUUUACUGAAUUCUGAUUGGACGUAAUAUAUAUAGUAAAUUUUAACCAAUCAAAUACUUCUCACAUGAGUAGGUGAAAUUUUAAACUUGAAUUAACAGGAAUGGUAAAAGGCAGUUUGCUGGCUGGUUAUUUUUUGUUGAAAGAUUGACUUAGCCAACUUAAUACCCAGCCGUCAUUGGUGUCUGCAUAAAUAUCACUUUACAUUUAUGUCUUCCCCAUAGGUGGGGGGAGACAUAUUGUUUUUGCCUUCACCGUCUGUCUGUCCGUCUGCAUAAGCGUAAGCUUGUCCAACUUUCACAGGUCAAACUGCUGGCCGGAUUUCAACGAAACUUUACAGGAAUGAUCAGUACCAAGCCUUGUUGUGCAUGUCGCUGGCAUGUUCCGCUUAGCUGCACAAAAUGGCUGCCAGAGCUAAAAAUAGAAAAAUCUUGCCUGGCUUUCACGGGUCAAACUGCUGGACAGAUUUAGACAAAACUUCACAGGAGUGACCAGUACCAAGCCUAGUUGUGCAUAUCGCCAGCACAUUAGGCUUCCCUCCACAAAAUGGCGGGGGGGGGGGGGGACAUGUUUUUGUGACAAAAACGCCUAGUUUUUAUUGUCUUUCUUACUUUCCUUUGAAAUAUAUGACCACCCACAUUCAAGUCUUACUGUAAAAGAAAUAAAGUGCUACACUUUUUAGUCAGACUGUUUCCAGGAAAGGAGGGCUGCUGAACUCACCUAUGCAUUACUUUCUUUGUUGCAUUCAGGUUUCAUUACAUCUUUACUACUGCCCCUAUUACGUUUCUCAUACGUAUAUUUUAUUAUUAUGCCCCCCCUUCGAAGAAGGUAAGGUAUAUUGUUUUACAGAUGUCGGUUGGUCAGUAGACCAAUUGGUUUCCGGAUGAUAACUUAAGAAGGCUUGGGCCUAGGAUCAUGAAAGUUGAUAGGGAGGUUGAUCAUGACCAGCAGAUGACCCCUAUUGAUUUUGAGGUCAGCUACUCAAAAGUCAAGGUCACAGUGACCAGGAACAGUUAAACGGUUUCCAGAUGAUAACUCAAGAAUGCUUGGGCCUAGGAUCAUGAAAGUUGAUAGGGAUGUUGGUCAUGACCCCUAUUGAUUUUGAGGUCAGUAGGUCAGAGGUCACAGUGACCCAGAACAAUUACUAUAACUUGAGAAUGCUUGGGCCUAGAAUCUUGAAACUUAAUAGGGAUGUUGAUCAUGGCCAGCAGAUGACCCCUAUCGAUUUUGAGGUCAGUAGGUCAAAGGUCAAGAUGACGUAGAACUUUUUUUUGCCAGUUUACUGGAGAAUGCUUUGGUCUAAGAUCAUAUUUGAUACAGAGUUUACUUAUGAUUGGUAUUAAUGACCCAUAAUUAUUGAUUUGAGGUCAGUACGUCAAACAUCCAGUGCAAAGUGACCAAAUAAUUUCUGUUCUUUGUGCAAUUACUGAAUGCAUCAAGGGGACAUUUCGUGUUCUAUAAGCUCUUGUUUGAUAUUUUUUUGUUACAUAACAUCACGCCUAUAUCUACAGCCCCACCCCCAACAAGUUUAUUUUUUGCAUGCUCCCUCCUCUUUAAAAAGAUCGAUUUUAAGAA